AUGAAGUAUUAUUUAUCCUAAUCUAAUAAUACUUAUGAUUUGAAACUAAACUCUGAAUAUCAAUUCAAAAUUUUAUGCAAUACUAUUAAUAUAAUCAUUGACAAUAUGGAUAUUUAAGAUUACAACUAUAAUUAAACUUAAGUAGAAGUAUUGACUUGUAGUUUAAAAUUUGAUUUUAAGAAAUCCAUCUAUAAUUUUAAUACAAUUCAUGCAAAAUUAUUGUAUACAAAUUCUAUAAACAGAAUACUUUCUGAAAAUGAUAGAAGUAUUUUAUAUGAUAUCACACUAAAUGAGUAUAUUGUUUUAAAUAACAAUGAAGAAUCAUAAUAGGAAUAUAUAUAAAGCGCUCAAGACUCGUUUAGUUUAAUACCGAUAUCAAUUGUUUUAAAUCUUUUUAAUUAUUUAUGGACGGUUCUAGAAAUAUUAAGUUGGAUCAAUAAUUUCUAUUUUCUUAAUGUUAAUUAUCCUUUCAAUGUGGAAUUAGACUUCUCAAGUAGUAAUUGUUCAAACCUCAUUGGUUUUCCAACUUAUUAAGGAUUGAAUCAAACUGAUUGUAAUUAUUACUUUGAAGCUCCAAAAAGAUUCAAAGAUAUAGGUAUUUAUCUAGUAUUCAUUAACAUAUAAGUUCCAUUUAUGUUUUUACUAUCUUCUAUCAUCAUAUUCCUAAUAAACUAUUUACUUUAUUCAUUCUUUUCUCUACUUAAUGAUGCCUUGAAAAUAAAAAUACCUAUAAAAAAGGAGAAACAUUUUAGUAUUUUUAAUAUUUCUAUUAAAAAAUAAAAUAGGUAAAAUUCAAUCAAAGUCAAUCAAUAAUGACAACAUAAAAUCCAUAUUUGAAAUACAUAACAAAUCUUUUAAUAUAGAAUUCAGUACAUCUCUUAAAUUAAUUUAAAUAAACAAUUUCAUUAUUUUUAUUUGAUAUUACAUUAGCAAUUUUACUAUAAUUAUCAUAUUCAAACAAUAAUUCAAAUAUCAUUGUAGGUCUAAAUCAAUUUUUUUUUUAAAUAUUCAGCUUCAAGCUAAAAUAAACAUUAUUAGGAGAUAUAUGGAUUUAUAGAAUUAUUGAUUUUAUCAUCUUUAUUAGGAAAACAUAAAUCCUAAAAAAUUCAUUUGGAUAUAAUUAUUAAUUUUUUGGAUAAAUCAACAAAAUCUUUUAAAUCUUUUUCAUGGUUAACCCUCUUAUGUAUGUUACUUUAUGUUAAAUAUCCUCAUUUUUUGUUUCGUUUACCUAUUAUAUUACAAUCCCUAUAAUUUCAAGAAGGAAUAUAUAAUGGUCUUAAUAUCAAAUUUUUGUUUAAGUUCCAUUAUAUAAAUAACUAUUUCAUCUACUAUUAUGA